GAACUUGAUAUCUGUUUUGCGAAACCAAUUGAAUAAGUGAAACAGCCAAAAUGAAGACGCGAUUCAAUACAUACGAUAUAAUGUGUAUGGUGACGGAGUUGCAAAGUCUAAUAGGCAUGCGCGUGAACCAAGUGUAUGACAUUGACAACCGCACAUACGUGAUUCGACUGCAACGUUCAGAGGAGAAAAGUGUGUUGCUGCUGGAGUCUGGCAACCGGUUCCACACCACGCAAUUUGAGUGGCCUAAGAAUAUGGCUCCUUCUGGAUUUACUAUGAAGCUCCGAAAACACUUGAAAAACAAGCGUCUAGAGAAGCUCUCUCAGCUGGGUAUUGACAGAAUCAUAGAUCUGCAAUUCGGCAGCGGGGAGGCAGCAUACCACGUCAUAUUGGAAUUAUAUGACCGAGGCAACAUUGUGCUGACUGACUGCAACUGGACCAUUUUGAAUGUUCUCAGACCGCAUGUAGAGGGGGAUAAAAUAAGAUUUGCAGUGAAAGAAAAGUAUCCUCUGGACCGGGCGAAGACAAGUCACGAGCCGCCUGGCGCUGAAGCCCUCAAGGAAAUCUUUGCCAAUAGCAAGCCCGGGGACAAUCUUAAGAAAAUACUUAAUCCUAAGUUGGAAUAUGGUUCAUCGGUAAUCGACCACGUGCUCCUUGAAAACGGCCUGACAGGCAACAUGAAAAUCAGUGCGGACCCUCUUAAAGGCUUUCACGUCGAUACACAUAUGGAGAAACUGAUGGCAGCGUUGCAACUGGCUGAGAAGAUGCUCGAAGAUGCCAAGAAGCAGAUUGCUAAG